AUGGCAGGCUCCUGCAUUCUUAUCGACCCAGUGUCAACCAGUGAGUUCCAACCACGGGUGCUACCUGACCGCAUUGCUGACAUGCUUACCCCAGAUCGAUUCUAUUUGGAUUGGCAAAUUCUUGAUGUUCUGCCCGUCGUCGAAGGAGCGAGGUUUAAAUUAGUCCAUGUUGUUCUGAAAGCCACUCAGGAUGAAAUACCGGAACAGAUUCGACAGCCGCUUAAGCAGAGCUCAGACCUAUUGGCCGUAGAUCUGAGCUCCGGAAAUUCUGCUGAGGUGGAAUCGACAGAUAAUGAGUCGCUGUUUAUCUGGCUGCAUCAGUUGCUUAGCACCAGGAAGACAACUGAGAGUCGGACCUCCGUGAUUCUGGUGGUUCCUCAGCAAGAAGGGUAUAUCAUCCGCAGUGACUUCGUGGAGGAGCGUCUCCGAGGAUCCAAAGGCGUGCAUCAAGCUAUCGGAUUUGUCCAGCCUGGGCAACUAGUACGGCCGCCGACCUUAAAUGAGAAUUCAGCGACACAUCAAAUCACAAAUUAUUUAUCCUCAGUCGUGGGCGGCAUCGUCCUGGAAGAUGAAAGCAAAUUCCCCGCCAACAAGCAAACGCAACACGAACUGCACGAGAGACUGGCAUUUCCAUGGCUCUCCACAACUCCGAUCCCUCGUCGACGAAUUGCACUGGUCGGAGAAGUGCGCCCCUAUCAUCUCUGCGCGAGGCUUUUUCACGCUGCGCGCACUCUUGGAAUUGAUCUGGUUGUCGUGGAUUCCGCUGGUCACUGGUUACAAGACGGGAAUUCUACCCAUUCAAACCUCCGAGAGGCAUUCAUAGAAGUGGAUAUGGAAGUAACCCCAGAUCUACCGAAACGCAUAGCCGAGGCAAUCCGCAACUAUCCUCGCCCCAUAGAUGGCGUCACGACCGUCACAGAAUUUCUCCUAAUCCCAGUAGCUCGGGCUGCGGAGAUACUAGGUCUCCCUACGUCGCCAUCGACGGCUUUUGCUAAGUCGGUGGAUAAAUAUGAGACUCGUCGAACACAGGGAUCGGAUGCUUGUCUUCUUCUCUCAGGCCCAGAGGAGCUUAACAGGUUCCUAGCUAACGGCGGAGAAGGAUUUCCACCAGCACCUUGGAUCGUAAAGCCUUGCAACGGAUGGCAUAGCUUGAACGUUAUGAAGGCCACAACCACGGAGUCACUGAAAGCGGCAGUUGAAGUUGUCUCGAGACACACAGCUUACUCACGAAGUGGUGCUUCCGAUGAAUCCAAGUGGCAAUCCAACGUCCUCGUUGAGGAGUACUGCGAUGGGCCCGAAGUCGACGCGAACUUCGUGCUUUGGCGCAGCGAGAUCUUAUUCUUCGAAGUUGUGGACAAUUUCCCUUGCACAGCCGAUAGCGGUACCGGAGACGUUAACGCGGAUUUCAAAGAAACACAAUUGGUGUUUCCCACUGCGUUACCCGACGCCGAAAAGCUGCAAUUGCGCCAGUCGUUGUACGAGUCCAUUCGACGCCUGGGCUACGAAUCUGGAAUUUUCCACGUUGAAGCACGAAUGCGCAAUUCCACCUAUGAGUACCGGCUAGACGAAGCUUCUGGUAGUCUUGACCUUCGUCCGAAAUUGACUGCUCCUUUGAAGGACCCCGGCGUAUUUCUAGUUGAAGUCAAUGCUCGGCCACCCGGGUAUGUCGAUGCCAGCGCCAGCGCCUUCACCAAUGGUGUGGACAUGUUCGCACUACAACUGCUGCUUGCUUUGCAAGACGAGUCGCGGAUCCGAGCACUUUCGACUCCGUUCCAGUCAAGACCUCAUGUGGUCAUUAGUGCCAUCCAGGCAGACAAGUCGGGAACUAUCGUAUCCGAAGACCCGUGGCAGGACUUCCAUCAGAGGAACCCAGAGCUAUCUAAUCGAGUAUUUGAGAGCCCGAUGAACUUCAAGAAGGGGGAUUGGGUGGCUGACCCUAAACUAAGCACCACACCCUGGCUUUCGGGGUUUGCUGUUCACUCAUAUGAGGGUCGUACCGGUGUUUUAAAGGCAGCUGAGCAAGUGAGAAAGGGAUUUGAGUGUGUCAUCGAGGAGUAA